GGUUUUAUGCAGUAGUAGAAUCGAGAUGCGUUCCAUACUUCCAAUCCUCCAGAAGGACCAGAACAGCCGAUAGAUCAGUCUAGGCCGCCGCCGAUGUGGCAAAUCAAGUACUACAAGUGUACUGAACGAAAUCCCCUCCAGGCUUCAGUACGCAUCAAUUUUGCACCUUUCGCCUCAAUCAUGGCAAGAACACCAAGAAUCUUGCACCUGCUCGUCGCCCUUUGCUCCCUCUCCAGCAGCAGCAUCGCCGUCGCCUCAGCUUCCGGCGCCGCCGAUUCGUUCCUCGGCUGCCUCGCCGCCGCCGGCGUCCCGCCGCGCCUCCUCCAGACCCCGGCGUCCCCGUCCUACGACGCGCUCCUGCGCUCCUCCGUCCGCAACCUCCGCUACGUCGCGCCGGGCACCCCGCGGCCGCUCGCCAUCGUGGCCGCCGCCGAGCCCGCCCACUCGCAGGCUACCGUGCGCUGCGGCCGCCGCCACGGCGUCCGCAUCCGCGCCCGCAGCGGCGGGCACGACUACGAGGGCCUCUCCUACGCGUCCCUCGACCCCCGCGAGCGCUUCGCCGUGCUCGACCUCGCCGCAUUCCGGGAGGUCCGCGUCGACGCCGCGCGCGCCGAGGCCUGGGCCGGGUCGGGGGCCACGCUCGGCGAGGUCUACUACGCCGUCGGCGCCGCCAGCCGCGCGCUUGCGUUCCCCGCGGGGGUCUGCCCCACCGUCGGCGUCGGCGGGCACCUCAGCGGCGGCGGGUUCGGCACGCUGAUGCGCAGGUACGGCCUCGCGGCCGACAACGUCCUCGACGCCGUCCUCGUGGACGCCGAAGGGAGGCUCCUGAACCGGACCACCAUGGGGGAGGACCUCUUCUGGGCCAUCCGCGGCGGCGGCGGCGAGAGCUUCGGCGUCGUGCUGUCCUGGAAACUCCGCCUCGUGCCCGUGCCGGAGACAGUCACCGUGUUCACCGUCCGCCGGUCAAGAAACCAGUCCGCCUCGGACCUCAUUACCAAAUGGCAAGAAAUCGCGCCGGCGCUGCCGCGGGACCUCAUCCUCCGCGUCGUGGUGCAGAGCCGGCACGCGCAGUUCGAAGCCCUGUUCCUCGGACGCUGCAGCCGCCUCCUCGACCACAUGCGAGCACACUUCCCCGACCUCGGCGUGGCGCGAGCGGACUGCGAGGAGAUCAGCUGGAUCCAAUCCACCGUCUACUUCGCCUUCUACUCCAGCUCCAAGCCGCUGGAGCUCCUCCUCGACAGGAUCGGGGAGACAGGUCGGUAUGUCAAGGCCAAGUCCGACUACGUGCAAGAACCCAUUCCACGGCGCGUGUGGGAGAGCACAUGGUCGUGGCUGGAGAAGCCCGAGGCCGGGCUGCUCAUCCUAGAUCCCUACGGCGGCCGGAUGGCCAGCAUCUCGCCGUCGGCGACGCCGUUCCCGCACCGGAAGGGGAACCUCUACAACCUCCAGUACUACUCCUCCUGGUUCGAGAACGGCACGGCGGCGUUGGAGAAGCGGAUGAGCUGGGUCAGAGGGCUGUACAGGGAGAUGGAGCCGUAUGUGUCCAAGAAUCCAAGAACUGGGUAUGUGAACUACAGGGACCUGGAUCUUGGGACGAAUGAGCUGCAGGGCAACGUGACUAGCUACGCGAAGGCGAGGAUUUGGGGGGAGAAAUAUUUCAGAGGUAAUUUCGAGAGGUUGGCAGCUGUGAAGUCCAUGGUGGAUCCUGAUGAUUUCUUCAGGAAUGAGCAGAGCAUCCCUCCUCUCCCGGCUGCCAAGGGAUGGAGCUCCAUCUGAUUGGAGGUCUUCUCUUUUGGAAUGUACAGAGUACAGUGCAUUGUUGUGAUAGCGGAUUUCCUCUGAGUGAUUGUUGAUUGUGAAUUUGUGAUCAUCAUGGUUGAGAAAUUGUAUCGGCGAGGCAAUGCAUUUUGUGUACUCUAGUUGGAUAUUUA